AUGCGUCUCUUCCUCAUCCGCCACGGCGAGACGGUCGACAACGUGGCCGGCGUGCUCGCCGGCAUCACCGACUCGCGGCUGACCUUGCACGGCACGGUGCAGGCCGGGAUGCUCGCCUCGCACCUCGCCGCGCGCUUCCCCUCGACGCCCGUGCGCAAGAUCUUCACCUCGGACCUGCAGCGCGCGCUGCUCACCGGGCGCGCGGUGCAGUCCAUGCUGCUGCCGGAGCUGACAAAAUGGGGCGCGCGCGCGGACGACCUGGUCAUCGUGGUGGCGCACGGGUUGCUGCUGCAGCCGCUGUACGCGUGCCUGAUCGAGCGCGUGCCCUGGGGGAGGCUCACGGUGGACCGCGGGAUCGCGCCGCACCCGCCGAUGGGGUUCGGCCCGGCGCUGCGCCCGCACUGGGCCAACACGGCGUACCUCGAGGCGAUGGUCGUGCUUGACCCGGUGGUCGGCGGCGGCGGCCUGCGCAUGCACGUCAUCCGCGUCAACUGCACGGUGCACAUCAGCGAGCUCAAGAGGACGCGCGGCGGCAUCGGCAGGGCCGCGCACGACGACAGGCAGCGCACCCUCGACUCCUACUUUGGUAGGGGGAAGGCGUGA